AUGCGGAAAAGAUUUGUACCUAAUCACUAUUAUCGGGAGCUUUAUCAAAAACUUCAAAAUCUCUAUAAAGGCUCUAGAAGUGUAGAAGAUUACCAUAAGGAGAUAGAGAUGCUAAUGAUUAGGGCGAAUGAGUUGGAAGAUGCUGCUAAAGAAGAAAUCACGGAGUAUACAAUUGGUGGUAAGCUGUUGGUCGCGAGGCGAGCUCUUAGCGCUCAAAUCAAGGCGGAUGACUUGGAGCAACAUCAAGAAAACAUAUUCCACACGCGGUGUCAUGUCAAUGGCAAGGUAUGUAGUGUAAUAAUUGAUGGUGGAAGUUGUACUGACAUGGCUAGCACUAAUAUGGUGGAAAAAUUGGGUUUAACCUUAUUAAAACAUCCUAGGCCCUAUAGAUUACAAUGGUUAAAUGAAUGUGGUGAAGUCAAGGUGACAAAAAGAGUGUUAUUUAAUUUUUCCAUUGGUAAAUAUCAUGAUGAGGUAAUGUGUGACAUUGUAUUUAUGAAUGUUGGGCAUAUCUUAUUGGGGAGACCAUGGCAAUACGAUAGGAAGGCAAUACAUGAUGGGUGUAAACAUAAGUAUAGCUUUGUAAAGGAUGGGAGAUUUAUUACUCUUGCGCCAUUAACACCGACACAAGAAUUUGAAAAUGUAUUUUCGGAGGAUGUGUCUAAUGGGUUACCACCCAUUAGAGGGAUUGAACACCAAAUUGACUUCAUACCUGGAGCUGCCAUUUCUAACCGACCAAAUUAUCGGAGUAAUCCAGAGGAGGGAGGAACUUCAAAGGCGAGUGGAGGAAUUGAUGAGCAAGGUUAUGUAAGGGAAAACAUGAGUCCAUGUCCUGUACCUGUACUGUUGGUGCCAAAGAAAGAUGAAACAUGGAGGAUGUGCAUGGAUUGUAGAGCCAUCAACAACAUCACGUUAGUCAUGCCAUUUCGGCUUACAAAUGCACCGACUACCUUCAUGCGCUUAAUGAACCAUGUUUUGCUGGGGACAGAACAAGAGCAUGCAUUCAACACUAUCAAAGAUUGUUUGUGUAAAGCAAUGGUUUUAGCACUUCCCAACUUUGAAAAAACUUUCGAGAUUGAGUGUGAUGCAUCAGGAAUAGGUACUGGAUCAGUCUUAAUGCAGGAUAAGAAACCGAUUGCCUACUUUAGUGAAAAGCUAAGUGGUGCAGCUCUCGACUAUCCUACUUAUUACAAUGAGCUAUAUUCACUUUACAUUAAGGACAUGUAUGAAAAUGAUCUUGAUUUUUCCAACAUUUACAAAUUAUGUCAUAAGGAGGUUGUAGAUAAGUUCUUUAAGCAUGAGGGGUACUUGUUUCGGGAAAAUAAAUUAUGCGUUCCUAAUUGCUCUAUGCAUGAGUCGUUGGUUAGGAAAGCACAUAGUGGGGAACUCAUGAGUCACUUUGGAGUAGCAAGGACUUUGGAGAUAUUGAACACUUUUAUUGGCCUAAAAUGA